GAAGCAUAAGCAGCCUUGGGAAAAAUUACUCCGAACGUCCGUGAAAUUUGGUAGGGAACGCGCCAAACAGUUGAGUACACGGUGAUCAAAGGGACCGAUAGUAGCUGUCGCUUCUGCAGUGUCCGCGUCUUUACUUUCUUACUUCCAGCGUGUCUGUGGUUUUGUGAUAUAAAAAAUGGAAACUAACCUGAAAUAGAUUUUUUCUCCACUUUUGAUUGACUGAAGAUUGUCAUUUCUGCAAUAACAAAAAAAAAGCUGAUAAAAAAGUCGUAUUCAGCAUAUUUUGAAGAGCAUUCCUAUCCUACAAGAACUGCUUCACAAUGACUACUAAUCAAACUUAUAAGCCGUCCGAAGGGAAACGUGAGGAAUUUCGAAAAUAUUUGGAGAAAAAUGGCAUUAUGGAUGCUUUGACAAAGGUGCUGGUGAAUCUGUAUGAAGAACCUGAUAAACCAGAAGAUGCUUUACAGUAUCCUUAUGUCAUUCUAGUCUUCAGCCUUGUUAAAGAUAGUCAAAAAUCGAAGCUGAAACCAAUUUUCUGUUCGCAUUUUCCUAGCCAAUAUAUCCUAGACAAGCUGUCAAUUCAGGCAGGUCUAGAAACCCAGAAACAACUUCUUAGCAAACUAGAAGAGGCAAACAAUCAUGUCAAGGCACUAGAAGAAGAGCUUGAACAACUUCGCGUGGCUAUGGCUCCUCGACCUGAAGAUGAGCCUGGAGAGGUUCCACCUGAAGAAGGUGCAGAAGCGGUGAACACGCCCGCAGAGGAUGCUCCGCUUGAGGAGCAACCGCCUGCGGACGAGCAAUAAGCCAUCCAUUCGCCAACCAGGUACACCUUUUUUGCUGGAAGGCGCAUUUUCGUACUGAUUUCGUUAUUGAGUAUUGUUAGUAAUAAAAUAUCCUUACCUUUUUGUACUUAAUUUCUCACUUGAGCUUGAUGAUCAUACCAUCGCGAAUUGAUCUGUAUAAAAAUGUAGCUCCUGGAAAAUUCUGAAGCAUUUGUAGAUACAAUUAACAAUCAAUUUUUAUAUGUGGACAAAAAAUAAAUUGACAGUUAAAAUUUAAAAGCCUCAAUUAAAUUCACUAGUACAUAAUACCAAAGUGUACUCAAAUUAUUUCUAGUAAAUCUCUAUUAUAUUUUGCGACGACUCUGCAGCAUGAUCAGCAAUAUUUUUGUUUAAGGCCUUUGUACAGCUCAAAAUUAACUGCUACAUAACGAAUAUAAUAAAAUAUAUGAAGUGUCUUUUCUAUCUGAGGAUAGUCAACCAUAUGAUAGCGCCCAAAAAGGGAUCUGAAAGAUUUUAACGGCAUCUGUGGCAUAAUAGGAAACCAUAAAAAUGAAUUUGCAUACUUUGAGGAGUGUGGUUAUGCUACUGUCUCAUAGAUUGCGCUAUUAUCUUCCAGAUACCAUUUUCCGUUAGAGUUGCCUAUCUCGAGGUAGAACACGUUAAUCAAUGAUCAUAUUUACUUCUGUUCAAGCAAUGUUAGCAGAAUUCAUUUUAUUUGUUUAGAGAUACGUAAACAUUAAUCCGUAAUGUGGAAAUCAUUUAAAAAUUGAUAAACAUGAUACUGAGAUUGGUGCUGUAAUGUCGCUCAAUCAACAUCAUAAACAGAAUAAUAUAUUUACAAGGAUUUGUCUUAAAAGCUUUGCUUUGUUAUUAUGAAUGGGUAUGAAUGUUGAUAACAUGGAAAUGACGGUGAAUUGCUUUCAAAUCUCGGCAUUUUCAAGAAGUCGCCUAGUUCUAUAGAAAUAAUUCAUUCAGAGAUGUUCAGUCAAAUAUAUUUUCCGCCGUAAAAAUCCAUUCAUUUCUAAUAACCUAUUUUUGUACAUUUUCGUUUUUUUUAUUCCAGUAAUGAUAGUAUUAUUAUUCAAAAAGUAUAUUAUUGCAACUGAGUUGUGUUAUUUUUAUGAAUCAUUCUGAAUAUGAAGUUUUCUUUUAUAAAAUAUAAACUGCGUUUAAAUA